AUGGAGAAAUCACAGAAAAACACUGGAAAUUGGGCGAGUGAAAACAAAUUCAUUCAGUUUGUGGUGAGGGUCGGCAAUUUUUUACCGGUGGCAUUUAUCGUGUUGCUUGUGACGUGGUCAUAUUAUGCUUUCGUGGUGAGAUUAUGUAUAUUUCACUUGUUCAACGAAAAUUAUACUCAAGGAGUAAUAUAUUUGGUCAUCUAUCAUCCAUUAUUAAUAAUGAUGAUGUGGUGUUAUCUUGUUGCUACCUUCACUUCUCCGGGAUAUCCUAACGAUCCGAUAUCACCAAAAUCUUCUCGGUUACCUACCCUUCCGGGAACUACAAUCUCAUCCCAACAUCACCCAUCUGAAACUCAUAAUAGUCCUGAUGUGAAAAACUCUCUUCUGUCGACAAAACCUGGUUCUUCCAAACAGAAAUCUAGUAUCAUCUUGGAUGAAAGCGGGAAUCCGGUUUCGUUAGGGGCGAUUAUGGUAAAACAGAGUGGUGAGAAAAGAUAUUGCCAGAAAUGCCAGUAUGAUAAGCCAGAUAGAACACAUCAUUGCAGAGUGUGCAAAAGGUCGGUGUAUUCUGAAAAUGGAUCACCAUUGCCCAUGGCAACGAUAAUGAGUCUAGACCUAAACAUAUCCUUCCUUAUACUAAUCGGUGGUGUGUUUGCACUAAGUUUACUAGGUUUUGCCGUAUAUCACACGAGUCUGUUAUUUUCCAACCAAACUACGCUGGAAAGCUUGAUGACAAAACAAAAUUUUAAGAUGCGCGAAACUGACGAGGUGACCACCGGAAAACUAUUGAAUUUAUUUGAUAUUGGCAAGAGGCAAGGCAAACUUCCUUCAAGUAAUGGGGUCAGCUUGGUAUUUAUGGUUUUUCCCGGUUGGAGAACCCAUGGGAGAUGGUAG